AUGAUGAUGCGUUAUACUACGGAUUUUCUUUUUAUACCACCACCAAUAUCAGGACUGACAUUCCCACCAACACCAGAUUUACCAUUUGCUGGUCCAACAAGUCGCCUCAGCCAGUCACUGCUUCAUCUGCACGUUGUCGGCUCAACGCCCCAAUUCACCCCGAUCAGCGUUGGCGGAAGUCCAAUCAUCUCCAAUUGGAUGUGCCAUUUUCAACCACAGAAAUCCCUGACGAGUGAUCUCGACACGAAAUCCCUCGUUAAGAUAUUGAGGGACAUGCGUCUCACUGAAGAACAAUUGGUAACCAAUAGUUUCCCACGGUGGAAAAACGACGACAGAACGGCAGCUGUCGUGGAGCCGAGCUUCUUCGACACUAUUAGUGGACGGAGAGAAUUCAUUCCAGACGAUGACAGAAGGUUUCAUCCGUGCUGUGGACGAGCCCAGGGAGUGGCUGGAUGCCAGCAUUCCGAGAACCAUGUGACGGAUACUAUGCUGGAAUCUGUUCUGCUUGAAUUUCAAGCCGCUCCGAAGCCGUCCGGCCCAUCAGAUCCUCGAUCCGAUGCCUUCUACGCACUCGAUUGCGAGUUUGUUUACACAACUGUUGGCAAAGAAGCAGCUCGAAUUACGGUAGUGGACGGUUACGGUAAUGAAGUGAUGGAUUGUGUGUUUCGACCGGAACACGAACUUAUCGACCCGAAUACACGAUAUUCGGGUUUAACAGUCGAGGAUAUUGAAAGCAGCGACAAGACUCUCAGUGAUAUUCGUGAAAUUCUCUUCGAAAUGAUCAACUCUGAAACGUUGCUAAUUGGACAUGCUCUUGAAAACGACUUGAAAGCGCUACGAAUUGUCCAUGACAAUGUGAUCGACACUUCAGUCCUGUUCUCACGCUCAAGUGCAGAGGGACGGUGUUUCAAGCAAAGCCUGAAGUCGCUAGCCCGGGAACAACUCGACAUGGAAAUUCAAUCAGGUGAGUUAGCCAUAUUGACG